AUGACUACAUUUCCCAGCAUGCCGCAGCGCCUCUCGCGGCAGAGAGCGGCCCUGAAUGACUACACUUCCCAGCGUGCUGCGGGGGCCGGCCUCACGCGGCAGCGCUCGGAGCGUGGCGAGGUGUUCCGGCGCUCCCGGAGAGCCGCCGCCCCAAGAUGGCGGCGGGGGCGCCGGCGGGCGGGCGCUGAGGGAGGGGCCGGCCGUUCCCCACCGAGCAUGAGCGGCGGCGGCGGCGGGCAGAGGACGCUGUUCCAGAGCUGGGGGGCUGGCGUCAGCCGCGCCCCGGGGGCCCCCUCAGCCCCUCGGCGGGAGGCGGCUGCCGGUCCCGCGCCUGGGCCCGGGCCCGGCCCCGAGGCGGCGGCGGCGGCGGGGGACGAUGACUUGCUGCUGGCGGCGGCGGCGGCCGAGGCCGAGCGGGGCCCGGGCGCGGGGGCGGGCGGCGGCGGCGGCGGCGGGUUCUGCGCGGCGGCGGGCUCGCUGUGGGUCUACCCCACCAACUGGCCGGUGCGCGGCUACCAGGAGCGCAUGGCGCGGGCGGCGCUGCUGGCCAACACGCUGGUCUGCCUGCCCACCGGGCUGGGCAAGACCUUCGUGGCCGCCGUGGUCAUGUACAACUUCUACCGCUGGUUCCCCUCCGCCAAGGUGCUCUUCCUGGCGCCCACCAGGCCGCUGGUGGCGCAGCAGAUGGAGGCCUGCGCCCGCGUCAUGGGCAUCCCUCCGCACCACAUGGCCGAGAUGACAGGGGGUACCCAGGUUCUCAAUCGGAAGGAAAUCUGGCACAAUAAGAGGGUCUUUUUUCUUACUCCUCAAGUAAUGGUAAAUGAUCUUUCUCGUGGAACCUGUCCUGCAGCAGAAAUAAAAUGUCUGGUUAUUGAUGAAGCCCACAAAGCUCUUGGAAACUACGCCUACUGCCAGGUUGUGAAGGAACUGAGCAAAUACACAAACCAAUUUAGAAUCUUGGCUCUAACUGCCACACCAGGCAGUGACACAAAGGCUGUACAGGAAGUUAUUUCCAACCUAUUGAUAGCACAGAUAGAGCUGUGUUCUGAAGAUUCCCCAGAUAUUCAGCCUUACUCUCAUGAGCGGCAAGUUGAAAAAUUUGUUGUUCCACUUGGUAAAGAACUAGCAGAAAUUCAGAAUGCUUACAUCAGGGUUUUGGAAACAUUUGCUGGCCGCCUGAUUAAAAUUCGAGUUUUGGCACAGCGUGAUAUUCCCAGCCUUACAAAGUACCAGAUAAUUCUAGCAAGAGAUCAGUUUCGGAAAAACCCUUCUUCACGCAAUGCGGGGAUACAACAGGGCGUAAUUGAAGGAGAUUUUGCUCUUUGCAUUAGUUUGUAUCAUGGUUAUGAACUACUCCUGCAGAUGGGAACACGAUCAUUAUUUAUCUUCCUGUGUGGAAUUAUGGAUGGAUCAAAAGGCUUGACUCGUGCCAGGAAUGAACUUAGCCGGAAUGAGGACUUCAUAAAAUUGUAUCGGCAACUUGAAAACAUGUUUUCAGACACAUCUGUGACUUCAGCAAAUGGAAAUUUUCUUUACAACAAUAGAACAGGACCUGCAAAUAAAAAUAAAAUCAUCUACAGUCAUCCAAAAUUAAAGAAAUUAGAAGAGGUUGUAGUAGAACACUUCAAAUCCUGGAAGGGAUGUACAGAUCAAAGCAUGUCUGAAAGCAAACCCAGUGAUACCAGAGUUAUGAUCUUCUCCUCAUUUCGAGACAGCGUCCAAGAAAUUGCUGAAAUACUUUCCCAGCACGAGCCAAUUGUCAGAGUAAUGACCUUCGUUGGCCACUCCACAGGAAAGAGCAUGAAGGGCUUUACACAAAAAGAUCAGCUUGAGGUGGUAAAAUGCUUUCGUGAAGGUGGCUAUAAUACACUGGUCUCUACAUGUGUAGGAGAAGAAGGGUUAGAUAUUGGAGAAGUUGACCUCAUAAUCUGUUUUGAUGCCCAAAAAAGUCCAAUUCGUCUUGUGCAGCGAAUGGGUCGAACUGGGCGCAAGCGGAAAGGCAGAAUUGUUGUCAUACUUGCAGAAGGACGGGAACAACGGACUUACAAUCAAAGCCAGUCCAACAAAAAGAGCAUUUACAAAGCAAUUUCGGAAAACAAAAUGCUUCACUUUUACCAGCAAAGCCCUCGUCUGAUUCCUGAAGGAAUAAACCCAAAGUUGCACAAAAUGUUUAUCACUCCUGCAAUAUAUGAACCAAAUAAUUCAAGAUCACUUUCCAAAGAGAGAAAAUCCAGCUCCCUCCAGCAUAAAUCCGCUCUCUUUUCCAUGGGCACAAGCACAAAGCAAACAGACUCUCGUGAAAAUUGGUUCCUAACAUCAGAGGAAUUUGAAGUAUGGAACAGCUUAUACAAACUAAAAGAAAGUGAUGGAGUCAAAGAACCAAUAUUGUCUCAAAGUCACUUUGAAACUUUAGAAAAUAUGGAGGAAAUAGCAGCAUCUCGAGUGGAAGGAGCUCAUGAACUUUCCCUAUCUGAGUGGAGACUUUGGCAGAAUCGUCCCUUUCCUACCUAUCUGGUUGACCACUCGGAUCGUUGCUACCAUUUUAUUAGAGUUAUGGAAAUGAUAGAACUGAUGAGACAUGAAGAGGGAGACUGCAGCUAUGAACUGGAAAUUCAGCCUUAUUUAAAUAUGGACGAUAUUAAAACCUCAAAUGCUCAAAGGAGUAGAUGUCUUUCCACCAGCAACUCCAAGGCUCAGAAGGCAUUUUCAUCCAGAAAAAACGUGGCACAAGGAUCAAAAGUAAAACUUGGUUCAUGUUCCUUAAGUGAACUUGAUACAGAAUGUAUUUCACUGUUUAAAACAACCAACUUCAAGACCACUAAAAGAACAUCUGCAUUAAAUUUGAAAAUGCCUUCAGCAAGUACAGAAGUUAACAUUUUAGAUUCUUUUUCAACUGCAGAGGACGCUGUUUCUGAAUGUACUGUACAUAAAAGUCUACCAGAUAACAGAGAAAAUGUGACAUUUCACUUAAAUGAAUUUACUGCCCCAAGUGAUCUCAGUGGAAAUGUUACCAGUUGUGCAAAUGAAAUAGUAAAGGAAUGUAAAUCUGUAAAUCAAACCUGUAGUUCACUGAACAGAAACUGUGCAGAUUCUGGUUACAGUAGCUUCACAGAGGAGAAAUCACCAGUUUCACCUAGCUUGUUUUACCUACCUGAAGCAGAGUUGGAUUCAUUUGCACUCACAACUCCAACUGAGGAUCCUUCAUUGAUAAAAAUAAUAUUAACAAAUGUAAAAAGGCUUUUGUCACAGUCUCCUCCACCUUUGAAUAAACUCCAAAAUUGUGAAGGAUUGGACAGAACCAGAGACGAUGAAAUCCAACAACCUGUUCCUUUUCAAAAAGUUAUUUCCAACACAUUCACAGAGGGAUUGCAGGGUAAAACCUCUGUCUCUUUCACAGAGUUCCAGAAUCUAUCACUUCCCACUCAGAAAUGCUCAGAAUUAAAUGCCCCCAGUAAAUUGUGUUCCUCUAUAAGUAACUGUCCUUCAGAACCAAGCUUCCUUUCUGAGGCUUUUGUUGGCAAGACAAAUAAUGGUCUUAACUGGGACGACAUCUUUGACUCUGAUAAUGGAGAGCACACAGAAAUUCAAAAGGACAAUCUAACAAUGGUAGAUCAUGCUCUGGCAAAUAGCCCUUCAGACAGAAAUUCAGUUGACGGGUAUAAAAUGGAUUCUGAAAAGUUCCAGGAAAAUGUGGCCACUGACAGAGAUGAGAGCAUAAAUUUAUUUGAAGAUGAACAUUUUUCUGAUGCUAACAAUGCAAGCCUUUCUAAGUACAAUUGCAGUAAACUUUUGAUGUCAUCAGAUUUGUAUGAUAAAGAUGCACCAAGUGCUGGACAAAUUUCUGAAGGGCAUAUUUCAGAUGAGUGCUUUCUAGACAGUGAUACAAACCCCAGAGAAUCACUAAUAAGCUGUAGGACCAGAAAUUUGAAAAUACCUGAACAUUUGGAUAUUGUAAACAAACAAUUUCUGGAUAAUGAAGAUCUUUAUGACUGUUCUCAGGAACUGUUCUCCGUUAACUUUGAUCUGGGGUUUUCUAUUCAAGAGUCUGAGGAUGAACAAAUAGACAUGAAUGGUAGUCAAAAUUCAGAUAGUAUCUUGGGCACUCAUGUCGAUAUUAAACCUACUAGAGGUGAAAAUGAGUUAUCAAAUGAUAACUUAAGACAUCCAUCUCCACCAAAAUUGAAAGAUGAAAGCAUUGGAAGAACAAACUUUUCUACACCAUUGCCCUCACAAAAUCAGAGAACGAAUCAAGCAAAACUGACUGAAAACUGUAUCUCAAUCAUUUCUCCUAUGAAGCUAACAGAAGAAAAGGAACAUGGAUCAUAUGACUCUUUAGCUUCUGCAUUUUCCACACCAAAAGGUAGAAAGGUUAGGAAUGUUAAAGUCCUCAAAAGCAUUUCUAUGAAUGCUUUUUCUAGAAUCAGGCAGGAAAUUCCCCAGAUUUUGCAUACAAAUAAAGUAAAUACCAACACUGUUAAAGUUGUGCUAAAUUCAGCUUUUGAUACACCAGACCUCCCCUCAGGAAAGACUGAAAACCUGGACCAUAGACAGCUGCAUGUUUCCCGGAAGUUUCCUAUUGAAGUAGAAAGUAGCAGCGAAAGUGAAGAAGAGAUUGUUUUCCAAAGGAAAAAUAAGAAAAAAGGAAAUGUUUUGAAGUCUCCUGAUGUUAAGAAUAACAGCGAUUUUGAAUCACCAGUUCAUGCUGUCAAGAAGCGUAGGCAUCCACUUAACACAUCAGACGUAUCUAGUGAUGAGGGCAUGGAUUUUCACAAGAAAUCAAACAGGACUGUGGAUUGCGACAUGAGCCGUUACAGGAAACAACUAAAAGGUGUCAAAAGGCAAAAGAGUGAUGACAACUUUUUUAUGUUCAAGAGUGCAGCCAGACAAUUUUUAGAUGAAGAAGCUGAACUUUCCCUACAAGAGGCAGAGGCUAUUUCAUCUGAUGAGAGUGAUUCAGAGAACGAACAAAACUCCUCACUCAAUCAAUUCCUUAAUGAUGAGACACAGUUCACAGAGGUUUUAAAUGAUUCUGAGAUGGAAGGAGUUUAUCUAAAAUCUGUCCGUAGCCCAGCUCUCGGCAACAGGUAUAAAAUGGUGCAUAAAGGAUUCAAUAGUAUGGCUGUUUUCUCACAGAUUCCUGAGCAAGAUGAGGCUUACUUAGCAGAUAGUUUCUGCGUUGAAGAGGAGGAAGAGGAAAAUCUCAGGAAAAGUGACGCUAGUGAAGAAGAGGAAGUGUGUGUCAAUUUUGACCUUGUAAUGGAUGAGCGCUCUGCUAGUGGAAGAAAACAAUACCUCACUCGCCGCAGAGUAAAAUUAAACCAGGCCAAGACAGAACAGAAUUGUGCAGUUCCGUUAACAAAGAAAAGGUCCCGAAUUAUUGUCCUUGAUGAUUCUAGUGGGGAUGAAACAAAUGUCAGUAAUCAGAGGCCAGUAAAAACAGCUUCUCCCAGGAGAGACUACAGCCAUGCUCACAUACCCAAGUCAUUGCUUUCAGACUCUCCUGGACAGCCUAAAGCUCCUGCUAGAAAGAACUCUAUUCAUCAGCCCCUGGAGAACAAGGAUCAGAGACUAAUUAACCUGAAGGCUUCAGUGUCUGAAGUGUUGGACUUUCAGCCAGAAAGUAGGGGCAGAGGCAGGCCGUCUUCGCUGGCUAUUGCCAACAAUGAUUUGCUGAGAAGGGAUGGGGAUUUUCAGGCAAAACUCAAGGUGGAAGGUUCUUCAAAAAACCUCUGUGCAAACACUUCAGAUACAUGGUGCUCUGGUUCCAAGGGAAAUUCUGCUGCUGCACCACCUGUUUCAGCUGGUCUUCUAGAGAGAAAAGCCUCCCUUUGCAUUCUGGUCGACAGUCGUGAGAUCUCCUCUGGAUCAGAAAUAAUUUCCUCCCUGAAAGCGGUUCAUGGAGUAAAGGUGCAGGUUUGCUCUCUCGGAGGCUGUGAUUACAUUGUGAGCAAUCGAAUGGCAGUGGAAAGGAGAACUCAGUCAGAACUGCUGAACAGUAUGAACAGGAACAAAGUUACACAACGGAUUCAGCAUUUGCAGAGCAUGUUCGAGAGGAUAUGUGUGAUUGUGGAAAAGGACAGGAUUAAAGCAGGAGAGACUUCAAGAUUAUUCCAAAGGACCAAGUACUAUGAUGCCAUGCUGUCAGCCUUAAUCCGGGCUGGAAUCCGAAUCCUUUUCAGCUCUUGCCAAGAGGAAUCUGCCCAUUUGCUGAAAGAUCUGGCUCUGGUAGAACAGAGAAAGAAUGUUGCUAUUCAUGUACCAACAGAAGUGAAAGGGGCCAAACAAGAAGCUCUCCGGUUCUAUCUGAGUAUUCCCAACAUCAGCUACGUAGCUGCACUGAACAUGUGCCACGGCUUUGAUUCUGUGAAGAAGAUGGCUAACAGCUGCCCGAAGGACAUAGCCACCUGUGCCCAAGUGAGUCAGCAGAAGGCUGAGGAGAUCUACCGCUAUAUCCGUUCUGGCUUUGACUUGCAAAUGCUGCCUGAAAAACUUCACACCAAAGGGAAGAGUAACACGUAACAGCAACACACUGAGAGAAACACAAGUCUGGACUCUGGAACUUUGAGGCAAUUUAUUUUUAAACAAUGCACUUUAUUAUUGUUACAUAUGAUUCACUGUAAAAUAUGUAAAUAAAUCAUUGCACAAAAAGUAUAUUUCUUUAUAGGUGGGAGAGGGGAUGUUGAGUUGUGCUGCUGUGACAGAAUGAGACAGUAUCUACGAUGUUGGUACUUGGGGGAAGCAUUUGCUGGACCAGGUCCACUCUGGCCAUCCCCCUCUCUCUCUCAACAAUUUUUGGAAGAACAGAUCUGUCUUGCAUGGUAACCUAUGUGGCUCUGUCCUUCUCUAGUGGCUGGUCCAUACACAGGAACGUAUGAGUCUACUUCUGCCUCUGAGCUACAGAACC